GCCACCCAGGUGCCCUGCAUUUGCUUUUUUAGAUGCAUUUAUUUUCAAAGCCAGGUCCCUAUCUCCACUGUAAACAGAAAAUCAGUGUCCUGUCACAGAAACAGAGAGUAAACCCUGGAGGCAAGACCAGUGCCUGGAGCCUGGGCUGCUGGUGGCCCUGCCCUACUGUCUGUGCUGGGAAAGCGGCCUGAGGGCCAGGGAUGGCCCAAAGUUAGAGAGGUGUCAGGGCCUGUGAGCACUGAACAAAGACUCAAUCUGCAGGGCUGCGAGAGGCCUCUGUCUUGGGGAGGAAAUGUGUUUUUCAGCAUGUGGGGUGAAUGGUCCGGUGCAGCGACUGGGUGCUACUUAACGUCCCCUGGGGGCCCUGGCCCAUACUCAAGCCGGCGCUGACCGCAGGUGCCAGCCACUCUCUCUGUCCCCCCGUUCGGACAGCUGUCGUGGUCUGGCGUGGUCUUGUUGACUUUUUGCUUUACCCUCUGACUACCUUGACGGCUGAGCAGAGCGCCAGGUCAGCGGAGGGCGCGCCUGCCUGUGUCCCGUGGCAGCCCCGCUUCGGAGAAGCCCUCCCUGAACGUGUGCUGAAUGACAUGUCUCCCAUCGUAUGGUGGCAUGGGGCUCCCGGUUCUUCCCCCUGAGGGGCGUCUCUCCCUCCCGUGACCCCGGCGUCCUUGUGAGCAGGACCCCGGGAAUCCUUGGGUUGCUCUGGUUGCUCUGUGGCUGGGCGUUCCAGGGUCCCUCAAGACUCCAACAACCUUCUCACUGGACCACCAGCCCUCGUGCCGCUCAGGCCCUGGCUGGGUACCCAGGAAAGGGCGAUCAAGGGACCGUUUACAAAGGCCUGGGCAGGGUCCGUGGAAACCUGGCUGUGCCAAGGGGACAGGAAGAUAGGAAGAUAGAGUUGGGAAUGGAGAGAGGGACUCCCAGGGAGGGAAGGUGGCCUCUAGGAUGCCCAAGCCUCAGGAGGGACGUGGGGACCCUGCAGGAAGGGAGACGGGAAAGAGACUCUCAGACUUCACCCUCUCCCCACCUUCAGCUCCUAUGCCAAGCCUCCCGUGGGCUGAACUCAGCUGGAAGCCAGAGCCCAAGGAGUUCAUUGGCUCCUAUGCAGCCACCCCGGGGCCUAGGGCAAGGCAGAGGGGAUGGACCUGGAGAGGCCAAGAGGAUCCAUUCGGCCUCAAGAAUAGGGACCCUGGGAGCAUCUCUGUCCCGGGGCUUGAGCUGAGCUGGGAGCAGGACAAAGCUGAACAGAAAAAGAAUGACCAGUCUAGGUGUCAGGUGGCCUGGUGUGGGGGGCCCUGCCCAGAUCCCUUUAUUGGCUGUGCCCACAGCCCCGGAGACCGUGACGACUGGCUGCCAGCAGCUCUCAGCGUCCCUCCUGGGCGGGCGUGCCCAUGGCUUAAGGGGAGCUACCUCGCUGGGGAGCCGGGCACCCACUCACACCCGAGACCGGGCCCCAUCUGCGAUGCUGCUCUCACUCCAUACUCUACUGAGAGCCCCUCCUGGCUCGGCCUUUCCCCAUCCUCUCCCACCGAGAGCACCCUCCCUGCAAAGCACUUUCUCAGGGGUUCCCACUCAGCUUUGUUUCCCGGAACCUCGACCUCAGGUGCCCCCACCAUUUCCAGGCUGCGUGAGCUGCUUGGUGGUGAAAAAUCCUCCAGAAGUUCUGAACCCCAGGAUGUUACCUGGAUGAUUCCAGAAUUCACAGGAGGACCAAAAAAGCCGUGUCUCAGGAACAGAGAUUGCUGGCGGGUGCUCCCACGUGGGUCUGCGGGAAAAUAUGCAGCCACCUGCCAGCAGUGGUUCCCGCGGGUUGGGGCGUUGCUAGGGAUCUGCAUUUUCCGGGCCAAGUCCCAGCAAAUCGGGUCUCAUCUACAGAAGGGAUGGGUCUUGUGUAAAUGAGGUCGAUUUAUGACACGAGACACGGGUCCUCUGAUACUCAAGCAGCGCCAGCCCUCUGACAACCCUUUCUCAGUGGAUCUUCGUGACAUGCCACACAGGGGAUCUGGGCUCCAGAGCACCAGGCCCAGUGGCUGAGAACGUUGGAUGGACAGGAAGGCCCUCUAGGAGGGAACGUGGGGCUGGUCUGGAUCCAAACUGGGAACAGUAAUAAUCUGAAAAAUAGCAGAACGGUCGAGCUUUUGCUUUGUGCCCGUCGUGGGCCAUGGAUUCUUGUCUCAGGUUCACUGCUGUUCCCCCACGGUGCCCCGCUGAAGUGGGCACGGUUAGCGUACCAUUGUGUGCCAUUUUGCAGAGGGAAACCCAAGACGCACAGGGGGCGAGGAGCCAGGCUGUGAGUGGCAGAGCCAUGGCCGGACUCCGGCCCCCUGGCCCCAGAGCCCGUGUCCUCCAGCCCGGCUUGAUGCCAGACCACCACGGAGCAGACCCCGGAUCUGCUCCUGGGGUGCCUGCCCAGCUCUCUGUGGGGCUUUGACAGUCUCUGCGUCCCAAACUGGGACUUAGGUACAUGCUUAAUGAGUCCUGUACUCUAUGGAACUUGCCUCAAGAAUUCUUGGAAAUGUGCACAACUUGUUGUCUUCUUUCCAAGUCAUAAAAGUUCAGCUCAUGGGAGGGGCGGGCUCAGGCAUAAAAACCCCCGCAACCUCAGGGAACCAGCUCACGUUGCCGUCUUGCCUUCCUGACGGAGGCUCCUGGAGUUUGUAACGUGUCACCUGGGUGUCAAACAGCACCCGUCAAACCCCGGGGGCUUCAGCCAAGCGGAGCGGUCCGGGAAUGAAGUCAGGACAGAAGAGGAAAGGUGGAUGCGUGAAGGCCCAGGGGCCGGAGUGCAGACCCGUCGGAGUCAGCCGGCUGGAAUCGGCUGGACUCCGCGGCACUCUGUGCCUUCCAGAGCAGUGGGCUCCCAGAAGUCAGCUUCUGCGUCUCCGCGGGGCCCCUCAGUCCCCCUACCAUGAGCAUACAGCACCGUGCCUUGCUUCUCGAAGGGGACAAGCCUGUCUCAGGGGACUUGCGGGCACCAGCGUACACCCGCAGGGCCUCAGCUCUGCACCGAGUUCAUCUCACUUGCAUCGAUGCACAGAAACUUCCUCCUAAGAUACAAAACAAAAUCCUUUUGGGGUGAGGAUAGUUCCUCGGGGGCGAAUGCCUAACUCCGCUCGUGGGUUCACGAGGUUCAGGCCCAGUUGCUGCGACAAGGAAGAGCCGUCAGGACAGCGGCUCUCGCCUCCAGAGGCCUGUCUCUCCUUUCGCCACGGGCAGCCGGGCUGGCGCGAUGGCUGCGUGCCACGAGCUCGCGCCAACGUCCAGGUCCCCUCGGUCGUCUUCCUGCCCUGUCGCCCCCGAGGGUGAGGUCCUCGCCCACAGGCCCGAGGCUGAGCCGCCAGCACCGCGGCCGUGCUCCAGCCGGGAUGGGGAGGAGCAGAAUGGAGGGCAGACAGUGUCCUUGAGACGUGACACGGCAUUGCCUGCCCCCUUGGUGAGGACAUGGUCGCGGGAGCCCACCGUGCUGACGGGGAGGCAGGGGAGUGGUGGCUGCGCUCCCUGCCGACACAUGGGGAAGGACUGCUGUCACUCCAAGGAAGAGGGGGCUGAUUUCUUGUCAGCCCAGGGUGUCCCUCCCGGCUUACUGCCCGGCGAGACGGCUGCCAGCCUCUGUGCCGCCCUCUGCAGUAUGCGAGCCCGCCUGGGUCCCUGUAACAAACCAGCACGGACCGGGGGGUGUCUUCUCUCGCUUCCGGAGGCUGGAAGUCCCAGAUCAAAGCCCUGGCAGAGUCAGUUCCUGCUGAGGACUCUCUUCCUGGCCUGCAGAAGGCUGUCUCCCUGGGUCCUGGUCCUGGUGUGCUGGAGAGACAAGGACUCCCAUCUUCCUCCUCUUACAGAGCCGCUAGCCCCACCGCGGGGGUCCCACCCCUGUGACCUUCCUCACCUCCCGAAGGUCCCACCUCCAACUACCGCCACAGGAGGGUUAGGGUGUGAGCGUGCGAGCUGCGGGGAGCACAGUUCGGUCCGUAGCGGUGAGACUCUAUGACUCUCCUGCUUCUGAGUCCAAGCCUCACCCAAUCCCACUGCCACAGAGCCGCAGCCAUGCCAGGACCUUACAGACGCGGGACAGACUCCAUUGUUCCUUGCAGAUUAGUUGCUAUUUCCAUGAUGGAUUACAUGGACCCAGAGAGGGAUGGAAGCCAGCAACCCCAGGGACCAAAUUCCACCCUGGCUGAUGAAUAAGCCGCCUUUUCAAGUGCAGGCCCAGAGGAGUAGAUGUAUAGGAAUGCAGAUUUGUUAGAAGCCAAUGACCAGUUCCUCAGCAGUUCCAAAUAUCCCCAAGGCUUCCCAGCCCCUUCCAGCGUCCCACUGCCAAGUUAAACACAGGCAUGCCCGUGGUGGACGUGCACCAGACGUCGGAGGGCAGAGAGAGGAGGGAAGCCAGCUCGGGCCCACUCUCACCAGGCAGCCUCUCCCGGGCCGACGCAGAAGCCCGCGGCGGUGUGAAAUAGUGUUCAUGCGCUCGGCACGCACAAGACUCGCAGACCUAUUCAGAUGAAGGGCUGCUCAGAGAGGUUCCCACCUCUCUGUGUAAAUGUGAUUUCACACUCUACUCAGAAUGCCCCAGGAACUCGCAACAAAAAGAAAAAUGGGUGCUCAGAUGGGCCCCUCAAUGAACAGCUCCUUGUGCCUCGCCAUCAGGCAGCUUGGAAAAACCACGUUUCUUGUCUUUUUCCGGGAGCCCAACCGACCAGGCCGAGUAUACGCUUUCCCGGUGAAUGGCCGAUUCGCUGGCCAUCCUCCUACCCAUGCUUGGGCCGGGCUGUGUCACUGUGGACACUGUCCUUGCUGUUCCAGAGUCCCUUCCUACUUAAAUCUUUCUCUGCCUUCCCAGCCCCGCUCAGAGGCUGCCUCCUCCUGGAAGCCCCCCGAGAGCGCCCGUUCUGCCCGUUCUCAUCGCUUGUCAACAUCUCCCCUUGUCUUUGCUGGUCCAUGCAGGCCAGGCUGCUGUCCGAACACCCGGUGGGGUGACCUGUGCAGAGGUGGCCUUACAUAACGACCACGGAGUCUGGGCCCAGCUCAUCGUUAGCUAUGUUAACUUGGGCGAGUCCUAUCACGUUUGUCAUGCCUCAGUUUCCCCACUGGGAAGAGGGUGAGGCAGCGAGACCUGGUGCAUGUGUGGCAGCUCAUAGGUGCGCUGUGACCCCCGCUCGGACUUCCCCUCCUCCCUCCGGCCUGGGAUGGCGGCUGCCCAGGAGCACGUGGUGGAGGACAAGGGGGCCAGAGAGAUGUGGGGGUUGGGCCCAGGCCUCAUGGAGGUUUGGUCCGGUUAAGGACUUAGGACGUUAAGCAGGGAAUCUGGGCCGGGUUUGGGCCAAAGAGUAACACCCUCGGGACUGCAUCUGGGAAGGUGCGAGGGGGUCUGUGACCCGCUGCUCGCAGGGCUGAGGGGAGGGCAGAGCACGGCACUGAAUGCAGAGCACCUGGUAUGGGCCCCGCUCAGAGUCCCGGCCCCUUGCACUCAAGCCUACUGCCCCGACACUGCGCAAAGCCUCCUUGCACGUCUGCUGCAGGCAUGGGGAACGGAAGGGGACAGAGCCCUGCACUCCAGGUGGCAAGGGAGGAGCAGAGAUGGCUAUCAGCCAGAAGGCAAUGCCAGGCUCCGUCCGGAUCUUUCCUUGGCAGAGCAAAGUGUGUAGACAGAAACCCUGACAAUCACCAGCACGUGCCUUGGAGUUUGGGGAGUCUCUGAACUUGGGACCAUCAUUUCCAAGAUGUGCGUCUUCAGUGGGGUCCCAGGCUCCUGCGCCUGGCGAAGCUGUGCGGCCCGGCGAGGCGGUGCGGCCCGGGGUGCGUCGCUUGAGCUCUCCGCGCUUCUUCGUCUCAGUCUGGCUUUCACUGAGGCAGCCCCUGUGGCGCGAUUGGAGUGCGGGGCAGUUCCGGAGGCGGAUGCAGGAACCAGCAGGAACCUGCA